AUGCCUAUUCGCAGAACAGAAGUGAAAUCAUUCGCACUUUCUUCAGGAAUGCAAUCAAUAACUAUCCCUAAUGCGUUCAUUGGACAAUUACCGACACGACUUAUAAUGGGUAUGGUAUCUAAUGCUGCAUUUAAUGGGGAUUUUUCAAAAAAUCCAUUCUAUUUCAAGCAUUAUGAUUUAUCAUAUCUUUGUAUAUUAGAUGGCAAUCGUAUGAUUCCGUCAAAGCCCUUUCAACCAAAAUUUGAUAAUUCUAACAGUUACAGCAGAUGUUAUAUGAGUCUAUUUACUGAUUUGGGUAGAUAUCAUAAAGAUCAAGACAUUAAUAUAAGUUACACUGAAUAUAAAGAUGGGUAUACGCUGUUCGCUGUAGAUUUGACGCCCGAUCUCAACGCGGACGGAAUGCACGAAAGUAUUUCACGCAAUGGUAAUUUAACUAUUGAUAUAAAAUUCAGCAAAGCAUUAUCUGAAACUGUAAAUUUAAUAGUUUUUUCAGAGUAUCGAAAUACUAUAGAAAUCGACAAAAGUCGCAGUAUUUUUUCAGAUUUUUGA